AUGCUGAAUAUGGAAGCAAACAUUGACCCGUUGGAGCUGCAGCCGCUGGGGGAGUAUGACUUCGAGAAGAACUUUAAUCACCGGGCAGCCAGGAAAUGGAUGGAGGAGAAUUGGCAGAAGUCUUUAAUUUUUUCUGUUAUUUAUUUGAUCCUGAUCUUUGGAAUCCAGCAUUUCAUGAAGGAACGGAGGCCCUUCAAACUGCGUGGACCACUGGUCCUGUGGUCCUUCAGCCAGUCUUUGUUCAGUUUCAUUGCAGCCUAUCAGAUCUGGAAGCAGAUGGCUUUCCUCCUUCUUACCAAGGGAUUUAAGCAACCGGUGUGUAUUCUAUCUUUUUAUGUCCACCCUGUUUCCAAGCUUUGGAUGUAUCUAUUUGCACUGAGCCAACUUGUUGAAAUAGGUGACACUUUGUUCAUUGUUCUUCAGAAAAAGAAGCUCAUCUUCCUCCACUGGUACCACCACCUUUUCACAAUGAUUUUGUGCUGGUAUAGCUAUAAGAUGAUGGCAGCUGGGGCAGGGUGGAACGCAGCCUUAAACUUCAGUAUCCAUUUUGUGAUGUACUUCUACUAUGCUGUGGCAGCCGUGGGCAUCCGGGUACCCCACUCCCUCACCAUGCUAAUCACCACUUCACAGAUGGUGCAGAUUACAGGAUUUGUAAUAAUUAAUGUCUUUAUCUUCUUCUGGAAGGAUGAUAAGCUCUGCCAAGUUACCUGGCCAAUGCUUUUCCUUUCAUCAAGCUUGUAUACCACUUUAUUUGCCCUCUUCUCCAACUUCUUCGUGAAAACUUACCUUAGUAGCACCCAGAAAUCAAAAAGAAAUUAA